CCGCGCCCGCCGCGGGGGCGGUCGCCAUGGGAGGCCCUGCGCCGCGCCGAGGAGGCGCCCGGCGAGGGGCGGCUGCUCCGCCUCAGCCGCGCUGAGCCCGGCGCUGCUCCGCGGGGACCGGAGGGCAGCGACAUGGACCGCCCGCCGCAGCCGCCGGCCGCCUCCUAGUCCCGCAGCGGCGGCUGCGGGGCGGGCCGGGCAUGGCCCAGCGGGAGGAGAACGGCGGAGGGCAGCGCUACCCCGGUACUGGUUGGGCCAAGACAACUGGUGCAAAUUUAUGCAGCUCCUUAAACGGUUUGAGCUUCAUGGGAAUUCUGGAUGCAAAAGUGGGCAGCGGGAUCCAGGGCCUUCCAAACUUGAACUCCAGGACCCCGAGAGAUCUCUCAUUGCCUGAGUAUGGGCCUGGCCAGCUGUCCAGUGUUUUGGAAGAUUGUCAUAGCCUUAAAUCAGUGGAUUCUGGUAUUCCAACUCUAGAAAUAGGAAAUCCAGAGCCUGUUCACUGCAGUGUGUUGAAUGUGAAGAGAAAGCAGUCAGAACCUGAAAUUGUGCCUGACAGGGCGUUUCAGAGCGCGUGCACACUGCCACCGUAUGUGCCUCCACCUUCCCUGGCUGCUGCGCACGACCACGCUGUGCGAAAAUCCUCCACUUUCCCAAGGACUGGGUAUGAUACCGUCAAACUUUAUAGUCCAACCUCAAAAACUCUGAAUCGAAGUGACGAUAUCUCUGUUUGUAGUGUGUCUAGUCUCAGCACAGAACUGUCAACGACUUUAUCGGUUAGCAAUGAAGACAUUCUGGACUUUGUGGUCACAAGCAGUUCAAGUGCAAUUGUGAAUCUUGAGACGGAUGAGGCACACUUCUCGGACGUUACACUGAAUUCCUCUAAAGAGACCAAUGACCAGAGCCAGCAGGAGUGUUGUCACGAGGCAGACGGGGACAGUAAACGGAAAAUACUGGGACCUUUUACGAACUUCUUUGCCAGGAAUUUGUUUACCAGAAAGCCAAGUGCAAGAUUUGAAAAGCAAAAUGACGUGGGAUGGAAGUUGUUUGGAAAAGUACCUCUCAGAGAAAACUCACAGAAAGAUCCCAAGAAAAUGCAAAAGGAAUAUGAAGAAAAAACUGGACGAGCUCACAAACCUCUCUCUCCUAAACAGAAUGUGAGGAAGAAUCUUGAUUUUGAACCACUCUCCACUACAGCACUUAUUUUAGAGGACAGACCAGCGAACCUCCCUGCAAAACCAGCAGAAGAAGCUCAGAAACACAGACAACAGUACGAAGAAAUGGUGGUUCAAGCAAAAAAAAGAGAGUUGAAAGAAGCCCAGAAGAGAAAAAAACAACUGGAAGAACGCUGUAAACUGGAAGACAGCAUUGGCAAUGCUGUUUUAACAUGGAACAAUGAAAUCUUGCCCAACUGGGAAACUAUGUGUUGUUCCCGUAAAGUCCGAGAGCUGUGGUGGCAGGGCAUUCCACCGAGUGUGAGAGGCAAGGUCUGGAGCUUGGCAAUUGGCAACGAGUUAAACAUCACCCACGAACUGUAUGACAUUUGCCUGGCUCGUGCCAAAGAGAAGUGGCGAUCACGUAGCACGGGAGGGGCUGAAGUAGAAGGUGAAGAUGCUGGAUUUUCUGCAGCUGACAGAGAAGCAAGCUUGGAGUUAAUAAAACUGGAUAUCUCGAGAACAUUUCCUAGUCUUUGUAUAUUCCAGCAGGGUGGUCCUUACCAUGACACGUUGCACAGUAUUUUAGGAGCCUAUACUUGUUACAGACCUGAUGUAGGCUAUGUACAGGGCAUGUCAUUCAUAGCAGCAGUGCUGAUCUUGAACUUGGAUACUGCGGAUGCCUUCAUUGCUUUUUCUAAUCUUUUAAAUAAACCCUGUCAGAUGGCGUUUUUCCGUGUGGACCAUGGCCUUAUGUUGACUUACUUUGCCGCAUUUGAGGUAUUCUUUGAAGAGAAUCUGCCAAAGUUAUUUGCUCACUUCAAAAAGAAUAACUUAACUCCAGACAUCUAUCUAAUUGAUUGGAUAUUCACAUUGUACAGCAAAUCUUUGCCACUAGACUUGGCAUGUCGUGUCUGGGAUGUGUUCUGCCGUGAUGGAGAAGAGUUCUUAUUCCGUACAGCGCUGGGAAUAUUAAAACUUUUUGAAGAUAUUUUGACUAAAAUGGACUUCAUUCAUAUAGCCCAGUUUUUAACAAAGCUACCUGAGGACUUGCCUUCAGAAGAAUUCUUCACGUCUAUUGCUGCCAUUCAGAUGCAAAGUAGAAACAAAAAAUGGGCUCAGAUCCUGGCUGCUCUGCAGAAGGAUAACCGGGAAAUGGAAAAAGGAAGCCCUUCACUCAAACGUUAAUGUUGGGUUUGCCUCCUGUGACUCAAAGGAAAAGAGUUAAAGUGGCAAAACUGUCGAGUACUGUUUGACAUGUAUGAGCCUGCAAAUCAAAGUGUUAUUUCUGAGAUUUCUUUAGUAGUAGGAUAGCCUUAAAGGGGAAAGAAGAAAAUAAGGAGGAGGAAGAGGAAAA